UUUUCAGCGCUGGCAAUUGAUCGCCGCGCAGAUUUCAACAAAUUUCUUUUUUUCGAAUUUCAAGUUUGUCCGCAGAUGUUCGUCCGCAAAUGUUGUCCGCAAAUUUUGUCGCCUUUUAAAAAUGUGUCAAAAAUGCAACAGCUACAAAAGGUCAACACCGGAUUCUCAACAGCAACACUAUUUUUCUUGCCUGUUUCGAUUGUGCUCGUCUGCUCAUUGGUUGUGGGAGUAAAUUGCUGCAAAAAGAAGAAACGGAGGCGUCGUCAUGCUCGUCGGGCAAACAAAAACAACACCAACAACAGCAACAACGAUCGAAUGAUAAAAGGAUCUAAAACGAGAGCCUUCUUUCAGAGAUUGAAUCCGCUGGAGGAAACCAACGAGACUGACCUUGGAAGCUUAGACGAUGUUGAUCUUAGUAAAGAAGUUCCUGCACCCAAAAGCUUUAGACUGGAUCUAAAAUCGAAAAGAAUCAAGGAUGAGAAUAUUAAAAUAGAGCAUUCUCAGCCAACAAUUUCUCAACAAACAGGGACAUUUCGCUAA